ACUUAAGUCAUUCAUUCAGUAAACGCGAUAGCAGCAAGACGAGACAGUUUAUGUUGCUCUCUAUAGCAAGAGGGACUGUGAUUACACGAACGGCAAACAGAAUAAUUGUGUUCAAGAGUCAAUUAUUUCUAAAUUUAUUGAAUUGUUCAUAAAUCACUCCAGUCAGUUCGUUAAAAUCACAAAAUGAGAAUCAAAAUGAGGUCAAUUUUUGCGGCAAAUCUCAUACAAAUGUGGUUCGUAUGCGUUUGCAGUAGUAUUCUACAAAGAGGAUGUCAAAUUAAAGUGACUGACAAAUUCAAACCGCGACAACCGUUGUUCUUGUCAUCAGAUUUGCGUCACAUUUUAUUGCCCAAGGAAGGCGAUGGCGUGAUAAAUAUCGCUCAUGGAGCUCAAAUUGGCGUGUGUUGUCCCGAAUUUUGCGAAAUGAUGGAAUGUCUCGGAAAUACGACGUAUCAAACGCCAGACGGCACAGAAAUGGAUUUGUUGGAUGAUUUUACAUGUACAUCGAACUUUGAGCCCCAUAUUUUACACACAAAUACCGUUUGUUCAAACAAAGGUACCUUAUUACGUGUUGGCUUUGACUUAUUUAUUGCGGGAGCGAAAAAGUUUCGUCGCUUGUAUGACGUCUGUUAUGACAUGGAAGCAAGUAAUCCAAUCUUCGUUCGUCAUGAGUUCUCUAAAACGAAUUUGAAACAACAACCAAACGUCGACUGUCCUGACAAUUGGAAAUAUCGCGGAUAUUUUGGAGGAAUAAAUGCUAACAAUCGUUACACGAAGAGAAUUGCCUUUGACAGUUUACGAGUGCAACUCAAUCGUGCAAAGGCAGAAAAGUUAAUUGAUGUUAACAGUGCGAAAAAAUUCCUUGCUCGAGGUCAUUUGGCGCCAAAAGGAGAUUUUGUGUUUGCUCCAAAGAAACUCAUCACGUGUCAUUUAAUAAACGCUGCUCCCCAAUGGCAAAGCAUCAACAAUGGAAAUUGGUCGAACAUGGAAGAUGGCAUCAAAAAAAUUGUCAAAAACAAUCCCGAUUACAUUUUGGAAAUAUUUACCGGUACAUUUGGCAUUUUCGCAUAUGAUAAUGUCCCGUUGUAUCUUAUACCCGGAAAUCCCGAUAAAAUUCCCAUUCCAAAGGCAUUUUACAAAAUAAUUCACGUUAUUCAAACGGAUGAAUGGUUCGUCAUCGUUAGUGUCAACAAUCCGUACAUAAAACGCGAGUCAAUUGAAAAUCGCAUACACGGUUACACGAUUUGCAACGACAUUUGCGGGCAAAAAUACGAAAGAUACUACAAGUGUGACGACAAACAAAAAAUGGAGAAAUCAAAAAAGGCUGAAAAGGCAUACAUUGAAGCAGGUUACAUGUAUAUGUGCGACUUGAAUGACUUUUUGACAGGACUGCGACAACAUUAUCAACUCGAAUUAAACUUGAAUUUAAGUAAAAAAUAGAAAAAAAACGUUGAUCGUAUCUGUACAAGUAGAAUAUUUACACGUAGAAUAGUGUUUUAUAGAAAAUAUGUCUCAAUAAAUUUUACGAUUGAUUCGUAGCAUUUCGUUAUCAA